AUGACACAAAGCCGUCAAUCUACCCGCGUCUCCCUGCGAUGGCCACCCGAGCCAGCCUUUGAAUCGACGGACACGCUCGUUCUCUCGGUGAAAUACUGGUACGUCGACGUCCGCGUCGACAAAGAAUCCGGCCGUCUCGACUGGGGGAUUGCAGGACAAAGACUCGUGGAGAGCAAGGAGCCAAGCAAAGUACUCUUCACGCAUGAGAUCGACUCCCACAACGCCUUUGACGCGGUAGACUGCGGGACGUUCGUGCAGCUUCCAAACGGCGAUGAUUUGGAGACGGGCGAGAUGCCGCGUCCAGAUCUGCCUGGUGCGCCGGUGAGAGCGUAUGAGGAGGUGUGGAGGGCAUUAUCGUUUCGAACUGGGCCUGAGGGCUCCCCGGGGGGAAUAUCGUGGGUGUUGGAGUCGGAGGAGAAUGAAGAAGCGGAAGCUGUUACUGUAGCGAUCAAGAAGACAUUUCUCGCUCGGAUCUGGGGCUCGUACCUUGCUGUUCAGCAGGAACUGACCGUUAGGCGAUGGCGAGAAGGUGGUGAGUGGAAGAAGACCGUCGUUACGGGAGGGGAGGUGAGUGCGCGCCGUGAGGAGUGGGAAGGGACGCAGUGGACGCCCGUGUAUGUCGUCGGCGAGCAGGGCGAGACGCUUCCCUCGCUGGGCAGAAGUGUCAACGAUGGAUUGCAGGUACCAGGGAACGAGGCCGUCGUGGUGGAGGGUCAGAGGUUCCUGGUGAGGGCGUUCGAAACAGCAGACUGUUGA